AGUGUCCCGCGGCGGCGGCGGCGGCGGCGGGGGAGGAGGGGGGAGGGGGGUGCCGCCGCGUGUUCGCGGCGCGGGAGCAGCUCGCGCGCCACCUCAGGGAGGAGCACGGCCCCAAUGAUGCGCUUCACGGUUGCGAGGAGUGCGGGCGUCGUUUCUUCUGGGCGGUGGGUCUGCGCGCGCACGCACGCGCCCACGCCGCGCCCGGAGCCCUGCACCACUGUCUGUGGCCCGGCUGUGGCCGCGCCUUCAGGCAGCCCUGCAGGCUGCGGGAACACGCCAGAGCACACACCGGGGACAGGCCCUACAGGUGAGGAGUGCAGGUGCCGCCCUGCACCACUGUCUGUGGCCCGGCUGUGGCCGCGCCUUCAGGCAGCCCUGCAGGCUGCGGGAACACGCCAGAGCACACACCGGGGACAGGCCCUACAGGUGAGGAGUGCAGGUGCCGCCCUGCACCACUGUCUGUGGCCCGGCUGUGGCCGCGCCUUCAGGCAGCCCUGCAGGCUGCGGGAACACGCCAGAGCACACACCGGGGACAGGCCCUACAGGUGAGGAGUGCAGGUGCCGCCCUGCACCACUGUCUGUGGCCCGGCUGUGGCCGCGCCUUCAGGCAGCCCUGCAGGCUGCGGGAACACGCCAGAGCACACACCGGGGACAGGCCCUACAGGUGAGGAGUGCAGGUGCCGCCCUGCACCACUGUCUGUGGCCCGGCUGUGGCCGCGCCUUCAGGCAGCCCUGCAGGCUGCGGGAACACGCCAGAGCACACACCGGGGACAGGCCCUACAGGUGAGGAGUGCAGGUGCCGCCCUGCACCACUGUCUGUGGCCCGGCUGUGGCCGCGCCUUCAGGCAGCCCUGCAGGCUGCGGGAACACGCCAGAGCACACACCGGGGACAGGCCCUACAGGUGAGGAGUGCAGGUGCCGCCCUGCACCACUGUCUGUGGCCCGGCUGUGGCCGCGCCUUCAGGCAGCCCUGCAGGCUGCGGGAACACGCCAGAGCACACACCGGGGACAGGCCCUACAGGUGAGGAGUGCAGGUGCCGCCCUGCACCACUGUCUGUGGCCCGGCUGUGGCCGCGCCUUCAGGCAGCCCUGCAGGCUGCGGGAACACGCC